CCCGCCGGCCGGGGUGCGCGGGCGGCGGGGCGGCCCGCGGGCCAUGCGUUCGGCGCGGCCCAGCCCGGCCGGCCGGGGGCGGCGCCCCGAGCCCGGGCCCCGCGCGGCCCGCGCCCCCGGCCCCCGCUGAGCCCCAGGGGCCCCCCACCGUGGCCGAGGCCAUGUUCCCCGUGUUCCCUUGCACGCUGCUGGCCCCCCCCUUCCCCGUGCUGGGCCUGGACUCCCGGGGGGUGGGCGGCCUCAUGAACUCCUUCCCGCCACCUCAGGGUCACGCCCAGAACCCCCUGCAGGUCGGGGCUGAGCUCCAGUCCCGCUUCUUUGCCUCCCAGGGCUGCGCCCAGAGUCCAUUCCAGGCCGCGCCGGCGCCCCCCCCCACGCCCCAGGCCCCGGCGGCCGAGCCCCUCCAGGUGGACUUGCUCCCGGUUCUCGCCGCCGCCCAAGAGUCGGCCGCCGCCGCCGCGGCCGCCGCUGCCGCCGCCGCCGCCGUGGUGACGGCGCCCCCGGCCCCGGCCGCCGCGUCCACUGUGGACACUGCGGCCCUGAAGCAGCCCCCGGCGCCCCCGCCGCCGCCCCCGGCCGUGUCGGCGCCCGCCGCCGAGGCCGCGCCCCCCGCCGCCGCCGCCACCAUCGCCGCCGCGGCCACCGCCGUCGUCGCCCCGACCUCGACGGUCGCCGUGGCCCCGGUCGCGUCCGCCUUGGAGAAGAAGACAAAGAGCAAGGGGCCCUACAUUUGCGCUCUGUGCGCCAAGGAGUUCAAGAACGGCUACAACCUCCGCAGGCACGAGGCCAUCCACACGGGGGCCAAGGCCGGCCGCGUCUCCUCUGGGGCCAUGAAGAUGCCCACCAUGGUGCCCCUGAGCCUCCUGAGCGUGCCCCAGCUGAGCGGAGCCGGCGGGGGAGGGGGAGAAGCGGGGGCCGGCGGCGGCGCGGCCGCGGUGGCCGGCGGCGGCGUGGUGACCACCACGGCCUCGGGCAAGCGCAUCCGCAAGAACCACGCGUGCGAGAUGUGCGGCAAGGCCUUCCGCGACGUCUACCACCUGAACCGACACAAGCUGUCGCACUCGGACGAGAAGCCCUACCAGUGCCCGGUGUGCCAGCAGCGCUUCAAGCGCAAGGACCGCAUGAGCUACCACGUGCGCUCACAUGACGGCGCUGUGCACAAGCCCUACAACUGCUCCCACUGUGGCAAGAGCUUCUCCCGGCCGGAUCACCUCAACAGUCACGUCAGACAAGUGCACUCCACAGAACGGCCCUUCAAAUGUGAGAAAUGUGAGGCAGCUUUUGCUACGAAGGACCGACUGCGGGCGCACACAGUACGACACGAGGAAAAGGUGCCAUGUCACGUGUGUGGCAAGAUGCUGAGCUCGGCUUAUAUUUCGGACCAUAUGAAGGUGCACAGCCAGGGCCCUCACCAUGUCUGUGAGCUCUGCAACAAAGGUACCGGCGAGGUUUGUCCAAUGGCAGCAGCAGCAGCGGCGGCAGCGGCGGCAGCAGCAGCAGUGGCAGCCCCUCCCACAGCUGUGGGUUCCCUCCCGGGGGCUGAGGGGGUGCCCGUGAGCUCCCAGCCACUUCCCUCCCAGCCCUGGUGAGCCCUAGGUUGGUGGGCGGGAGGGGAGAGUGGAGGAAUGUGCUUUGGCACAGUCUCCUCUCAGCCCUCUGCCCACCAACUCCUCACUGCGUCCCCACCCACCCGGGAGCCUCCUGCAGGAAGGAGGAAGGCGCGUUUUCUUAGGGGAUUGGCUAGGUUUUCACCAUUUGUCUCCUGCUCCUCUCCCCCUUGCCCCAGAGAUGACCCUACACUCACCUGUGCCCUUGGUUUGAAGCCCCCCUGGACCACGGGCAGGGAUGGCAGAGGACAGGAGCAGCCACUGCCCUUCCCCCUCUCCUCUCUGUCACUCCUGCCCGGCCCUCCCAGGGGCUGCGAGUCUCUCCUGUCACAGCCCUCACUCCUCCUUCCGGUCCUCUCCCUCACUACUGUCUGCUGCCCCUCCCUGGGGAGUUGGUGCUUUCUUUUUGUUUUUGUUUCGUUUUGUUUUUCUUUCUUCCUUUUCUUUUUUUCUUCAGGGGGAGGGAGGAGAGGAAGGAGGGAAUCAAAAAUUCUGUCCUGAGAAGGGAAAGGUGAGAUUUGAGAAGGGACAGACAGGAAAGGUAGAGGUGGUACUUGCUGAGUGUUGAGGGGAGGUUAGGGGAGCAGGAGGAGGAGCUGCCAGGGCCAGAAGUAGAACAGGAGGGGGCAUCGAGGGGGCCAGGGUAAAUGAGAGGGUCCAGGACUAGAGGUGCUUCCUGGGUGGGGGGAAUGCAGCCACAGGGUCUCCCCCCUUCCCUCUCCACCCCAGCUCCAGCCCUGGUCUGGUCUCUUAUCCCUCUCCCCCACGACAGAGCUAUGGCCCUGGCCGUGUCAUCGUGUUCCUGUGUCCCCUGCAUGUCCCCCACCCUCCACCCCCUCCUUUUGCGCGGACCCCAUUAUAAUAAAUUUUAAAUAAAAACCUG